CCGGGCCAGUGACAGGUCCUCCUUAUAGAGAGUUGAGGGCCAGGAACCUUCUAAUGAUUAACAGAGACGCUUUCUGACCGCCGUGGACUUUGACCCCCCUCCAAAUAUACAGACCCAUCCCCCGCUAUUCUCCCAUAGGGACCAUCCUGGACCCCCCAGCAGCACCCCGGGACCUGUGACAGGGGUGUGCCGGCUCCUCAUGGGGCGGAUCCUACGUCUCCUGAACACGCCCCGCCUCCUACUCCGCCGAUACCACGGAACGGUGGGGAAAAAGAUGGCCGCCCUGCAGGACGACGCCCACCAGAUCUUCCGGAGCGCGGUGUCCGCCGUCCUCCCCCCGCGCAUGCUGCAGAGGGCGCUGGCGGUGAAGGAAGGGGCGGGCUCGGCCACCCUGGAGUGCGGGGGGAGGGAGUUCCGGCUGGACGGUAACCUGUACCUGGUGGGGUUCGGGAAAGCGGUUCUGGGAAUGGCGGCGGAGGCGGAGCGGAUAGUCGGGAGGCACCUGGUGAGGGGAGUGGUCAGCAUUCCGCGGGGGAUGGAGGAGAGUCUGAGGAGAGCCGGGAAGAGAGACAUGCUUCUUCCUCCGGGGGGCCGGGUGCUGGUCAUGGAGGGGGCCGCAAACAACAUGGUGGACGAGGCCGCGGCGAGAGCCGCCGGGGAGAUCCGGGAAUUGGCCGAGAGACUGCAAGAGAGCGACAUCCUGCUGGUCCUGAUCUCAGGUGGAGGUUCAGCGCUGCUCCCGGCUCCGGUCCCUCCGCUCACCCUGCAGGACAAGCAGAACAUCACCCAGCAGAUGGCGCUGAGAGGGGCGACUAUCCAGGAACUGAACGCCAUCCGCAGAGCCCUGUCCCAGCUGAAGGGAGGAGGACUGGCCAGGGCGGCGUAUCCGGCACAGGUUGUCGGUCUGAUCCUGUCUGAUGUCAUCGGGGACGACCUCCAGGUCAUCGCCAGCGGUCCGACGGUCCCCGGCGCUCACAGCGCGGAGGAUUGCCUGCGGAUCCUCGAGAGAUACGGCCUGAGGGGAGCGGCGCCGGGGGCCGUGGAGGACGCCAUAACCUCCAGACCGGGAGAGGAAGGGGCGGCACCCUUCCCGCACGUCCACAACAUCCUCAUCGGCUCCAACCAGAUCGCCCUCCGCGAGGCGGAACGGGAGUCUCAGAAGUUGGGUUACCUCCCUCUCCUGCUCUCCGCCGCCGUCAGCGGAGACGUGGCGCCCGUCUCGCGGUUCUUCGCCCUCCUGGCUCGGGUCGUCUGCUCCAUCCUGACCUCCGACCCCGAGCAGGCGCAUCUAGAACGGGAGAUCCUCCUCCUGGCCUCCACUAUGGCCCUCCCCGGCCUCCGUCUCGCCCAGCGGCUGCAGGAGGUGAAGGAGAACGCCGGGAAGGCGGGCGCCGUCUGCGCCCUUUUCGGAGGGGAGAUCACGGUGCAGGUCCGGGGGAAGGGCAAGGGCGGGCGGAACCAGGAGCUGGCGCUGCGAGUGGCUGAGGAGUGGCACGGGUCUUCGGCGGCCAUGGCGGGGUGCGAGGUGCUGUUCCUGAGUGGGGGCACCGAUGGGCAGGACGGCCCCACCGAUGCCGCGGGGGCUUCCUCCUAUCCGGGGCUCGUGGCGCAGGCUGCGGAGGGCGGGCUGGACACGGGGCGCUCCCUCAACGCCAGCGACUCCAACGGCUUCUUCAGGCAGUUCCAAAAUGGCCGACACCUCCUGGUGACGGGACUGACGGGGACCAACGUCAUGGACGUUCAGGUGCUUCUCGUGCGGAGGCAAGCGGAGGGGCCCUGACCACCUGAUCCACAGGGGGCAAGUGGAGGGGCCCUGACCACCUGAUCCAAAGGAGGCAAGCGGAGGGGCCCUGACCACCUGAUCCACAGGGGGCAAACGGAGGGGCCCUGAUCCACAGGGGGCGCCACAAUACAGAAUCGAUCUCUGUCCAAAAAUAAAACACAUUUUAUCAAUAAAUGAUUUAUUUGUGAUGAA